AUGAUUCGUCAACCUGCUAGUGUAAUUAUUGCCGGCCCGUCUGGGUCUGGCAAGAGUGAAUUGGUCGAAAACCUCUUGAAAGAGAAAAAACUGUUUUAUCCCCCUCCCCAAAAGAUGGUUUACUGCUACGAUCGAUGGCAACCACGUUUUGAUUGCAUGAAAAAACACUCCAACGUUCACUUUUACAAAGGUCUUCCUCCUGAGGGAGCGUUAGUCAAAUGGUUUAAACCUAAACAUCAUGGGAUUCUCAUUCUCGAUGAUCUGAUGGAGGAAUCGGGCAAUGAUAAACGCGUGUUGGAUUUAUUUACCAAAGAUUCUCAUCAUCGUGGUAUUACCGCCUUGUAUCUAACCCAAGAUCUCUUUCCUCCCGGCAAAUUUGCCAAAACCAUCAACCGCAACGCGCAUUAUGCUAUUUGCUUCAAAAGUCCUCGUGACAAGACGGGCAUCCGUAACUUGUUGCUGCAAGUGUAUCCAGACAAAUGGCGACGAGUGCUUCAAUUAUUUUUGAGGUUGACGGCUCGCCCCUUUGGUUAUUUUAUGUUGGAUUUACAUCCAGCCUCCGACGAUCGUUUUCGCGUAUGGAGUCAUUUAACCCAACGUGAGGGGAAACCUCAGGUUCAUACGUUUGACGAAGAUAUAAAAGGAGAUUCAUUCACGAGAGAUUCAUUAACCAUGGCCAAAGGACGACAACGACGGAGAGGGUUGGCAAAAAAGCGCAAACCUGGAGUGGGAAGACAACGUGGAGGGAUAGCUCCCUUCUUAGCAGCAGCUAUUCCUGCCUUAGUAGCUGGAGGGAAAGCGGCAGCCAUGGGUGGACUCGGCGCUGCGGCCAAUUAUGGGACCAUGAAAGCUUUACAUGCCUUAUCCAAACAGAAGUAUAAAAGGAAACGCAGACCCCAAAGGAGGACUAAAGCACGAUGA